AAGAUGAGUGGGUCAGAAAAAGUGGUGUGUGUAACUGGAGCUUCUGGUUUCAUUGCUUCAUACCUUGUCAAGCUCUUGCUUCAACGCGGUUACACUAUCAAAGCUUCUGUUCGUGAUCUCAAUGAUCCAAAGAAAACAGAACACUUGGUUUCACUUGAUGGGGCUAAGGAAAGACUUCAUUUGUUUGAAGCAAAUUUGUUGGAAGAAGGAUCUUUUGAUUCUGUUGUUGAUGGAUGUGAAUGUGUCUUUCAUACAGCUUCUCCUGUGAAUCUUUCUCCCACUAAUCCACAGGUUGAACUGAUUGACCCUGCAUUGAAGGGAACACUCAACGUUCUCAGAUCGUGUACAAAAGUACCUUCUCUAAAGAGGGUUGUUUUGACAUCUUCCAUAACUGCAGUUUUGUUCAAUGGGAAACCUCUCACACCAGAUGUACUAGUUGAUGAGACUUGGGUUUCGGAUCCCGCUUUCUGUGAGAACUCAAAGCUUUGGUAUGUGCUUUCUAAAACCUUAGCUGAAGAGGUUGCUUGGAAAUUCGCAAAAGAGAAUGGGAUUGACUUGGUAGCUAUAAAUCCAGGUUUUGUGAUUGGUCCUUUCUUACAGCCUACACUUAAUCUCACUGUGGAGACGAUUCUGAACCUAGUAAAUGGAAGAGCUCAAACAUUUCCCAACUCAGUCUAUAGAUUUGUUGAUAUCAGAGAUGUUGCGUUGGCGCAUAUUCAAGCAUUUGAAGUUGCUUCAGCUAGUGGAAGAUGUUGUGUAGUUGGAAAUGUUGUGCACAUUUCCGAGGCUUUGAACCUUUUAAGACGACUUUACCCCGCUUUAAGCAUUCCUCAAAAAUGUGAAGAUGACAAAUCUGCCAUGCUAACAUACCAAAUAUCAAAGGAGAAAGCAGAAAGCUUGGGAAUUAAUUUCACUCCUUUGGAAGUGAGUUUGAGGGACACUGUUGAACUCCUCAAGGAGAGGGGUUUCCUUAAGGUUUAA